AUGGAGAUGGGAGGAGUGAAGUCCCUUGGCUACAACCUCUGGAUGACCUUGACAAUUGAUCUUGUUUGGUAUGAUGACAUAUUUAUAGAGAAAGUGGUUGCCAGAAUUUACCAAGUGAAGCAGGCCCUGGAAUAUGUAUAUCGCGUUGAAAACAGCCAAUGUACAGGAGGUACCGAAGAAGUCCUGAAUCUGGCCUUCAACAAUUCGGUAUGGAGUGUUUAUACAGAACCAGCUAUAAGAACGGCCAACUUUCUUACCGAAGUUAUUCUUGAAAAUGGCAAUCUGCUCUCCCUUACCGACGAAAUUCUUUUCACUCUCGUCCGGAACAACAUCCAUGGCGGGGAUGUCAUAUUUGGUUCAGCCAUUGCCGUUGAAACCAGUGUGACGCAGUAUGAUUCGUUCUGUCCGUAUGCCUAUAAGAAAAACGGCACAGUGUAUGCGCAUGAUAUAGCUAUUAACUACAACUACAAAUCUGUCAGCACGGAAUGGUACCAAAUUCUAAAGGUUAGAAACUGGGACAACAUCACUAGGACAAUCGACAAGGUCAGAUAUAGGUCUGGGAAUACCCUGUUACCAUCACGUGACCUAAUCAAGGUGCUGGCAAAGCUUGAGGACGGACACUGGACCAAGCCGUACUUUGACUGUGGAGGAGGUGAUAUCUGGAUGGUAACAUACUCGUCACCACUGUUCUACUAUAACGUCACAACUGAGUCAUUGGACUUCAAGGGUGUAGCCACCAUUGAUAUAGAAUUAACAAACAUCGAUAUAAAUCAAUGUGACCCAGAUGAGAGCGAGGCGGGAGCAUUGGACGUGUUUCGGGGUACACAUAGCUGUAUGCCAUCUACCCAGUGUGUAUUUGAGGCUGGACUGGGGUUCAAACGAGGAGCAUAUAAAUGUGUUUGCAAAGCUGGUUACUAUUUCCCCGAUGUGCAGGCCGACAUAAAGUACUUCAGUGGCAUCGAAAUAGAACGACUGUACGCUGAAAACAAUACUGUUGUCAUGGAGACAAUGCGCUGUAAAGCAUGCGCAGCAGGAUGUGACACAUGCGUAGAUGCCUCGCCUUGUCUUUACCAGAGCCAACUUGCUCUCAGACUUCCGGUUCUCAUCUUGACCAUUAUCACAGUGGUUCUCAUCGUCGUCGUUGCCUGCAUUACAUACAACUUCCGGUUUGAGAUGGCUAUAAAAACCGGAAGUCCAAUAUUCCUGCUCAUCAUGUGUACCGGAAGUAUGUUAAUGUGCACGAAGAUGUUCAUUACAUUCCCGGACGCGAACGAUGCGCUAUGUAUCCUAGAACAGUGGUUGUUUCAUACCGGGUUCGUCCUCAUGUAUGGAGCGCUGCUGUUAAAAACCUGGAGGAUAUCAAUAAUAUUCCGUGUAGGUCGACUAAAGCGUGUAUAUCUACCAGAUAAAGUUCUACUGCAGAGAAUGAUCCCUCUGUUAGCGGUCGCAGUGGCCUACUUAGCUGCUUGGACAGCGUCCGACUGGCCUAAAGUAACCACAAGAAAGACUAUAAACAAACUCAAAUUCCAGGUGUGUGUUGAAGGAUGGUGGUCUUACGGGAUGCAGGGAGCUGAGGCCAUCAUGCUUCUAGCAGGUGUGUACUUGUGUUUUACCGUAAGAAAGGCACCUGCUCACUUCAACGAGAGCAAACAUAUCACGUGGUCUACUUACAACGCUAUAAUCCUCGGAACGUUCCUUGUCAUCGUCAUACAUUUUAUCAGCAACACGAAUUCCGGGCCGGAUUACGUUUACCUUAUAUAUUUCCUACAAGUGCAGGUGUUUGUUACCAUCACAUCGGCUCUCAUAUUUACACCAAAGUUCUACGCCCUUUAUAAAAACACAGAAGUUCGUGAUAUUGACAAUGAAAGUUUGCCAACAAUCACGCGUACUGUGACAGGGCGGGAAAAAGUGAACGUUCUGAAGGUCAUUAAUGCGAAGUCCAAUUGCAAAACUGUGUCAACUCAGACAGAGGAGAAACCAAUUGCGCCGGUAGAGUGGGUGGGCAAGACACCGUCUCAGAUAUCCAUUCAUCUACCCGGUCGAAAUCGGGUUCAUCCCACCCCAUCCACAUUAUCACCAUAUACAGCAGAGGCGCAGGCACAUAACAAAAAUUGAGGAGCCGUCCAUUAGGCUUUCCAGCGUGGAUAUUUGAUAGUUAACAACGAACAGCAAGACUGUGAACAUUUUAUCGCGUCAACAAUUAAAAACUGAUGAUUGUUGUCAUCGACUUAGUACAACGAAAGCAGUAUUCUUCGACAAUGUUUCAUUUUAAACCAAACAUCUGAAUUAUGUCGUUGUUGAAGGUACUGCUUUAGUAUCGAGAUAUAUUUUCAUCUUUUGAAAGUUUGUUAUUGGAAUAUUAUUGUGACUAGUGAUUCAAUUGAUAUUGAACUGGUUCUUGGUUUGAGAACCUGACAUUAAGUAUAUUUAUGUUGAUCUAUGGCAGGUAUCGACAAUGAAGCAGUAGACACUUAUCCUUUCGGGAAGUUUUCCUUAUACGCUUUCAGUGACUCAUUUUUUCCGUUUCCAUUCUGUGGUAUAUCAUUGCUGGAUCAUUAUCCCUCCUGCCUUUUAGUAUAAGGUCGUAUGACCGAUGUCGGAAUCCGAGAGGAGAUUGCAAUAUUCAGUUAAACUCUGUGUCACGUUUUCAAUGGUGUACGACAACAUUGAUGAAUACAGUGGACUUGAUAUCAGUUUCCAAGAAUGCGACCCUUUGUCAGAUCAGCUGGGUCAACACAUUCUACCUAUUCUGUAAACAAAAAUAGACGUUUCAGUUAUACAUCUGGAACACGACAGUCGUAUAUGAUCUGUUACAUAGGUGAAUCCGUCCAUGUAGAACUAUUUGACGAAUAAAAUUGUAAGACAAUAUGGGUAUAAUAUUUUACGUGAAGAAGUUAAGUCAAAGUGGUCUGUUCGGAUUUAAAGUUAUUGGUUGAGACAGCCGAGGGUACAGCUGUGUGUUUGAGAGUUUCUACAAAGACCUACCAAAGGUACAUACAUAUACACAUAUAUCACGUCUCAAUCACAUUAUACUUGAAAAUCACAUAUCUUUAUAAUUUUAUCAAAUGCCCAUGGGAAAAUAUUUCAAUUUUGAAAGAGAAUCGAGACAACUUGAAUAUCUUUUUAUGGUAGUAUAACAUUAGAUAUCUUACACCAAUUGUACUACUACAACGUCAUCGCCAAGCUUACUGUUGACCUGUAGAAAGAUGUACAAUAGACAAAUAGUAUUAAAGAUCACCAUACAACUCAACAAGACAGUAUAUUACCAUUUAGUACAUGUAUGUCCAAACAACUGUUGAUCAACAUUUUUAAAAAUUGUAAUGUAGUUCAUGCUGUUUCAUCCUAAUUAGAAGCAAAGAAUAAAUUGUUCAUCUUUUGAAUGUACUAGACACUUGUUUAA